UGUUCGUUGGUAGUGUUUAAAGAUUGGUGCUUUGAACUCACUGCUCGGUCCUCGGAAGUUAUAAUUUCUCUGUAACUGUAAUUAGACGUGUUCUGACUAAAUUAAAAUAUUGUGAAAAACUAUAGUCAUCGUGUUUUGUGUUCGCACUUUACCCAUGACGCCCACCAAGUCCACGACCACGGUUGAUGAUGAUGUCAUUGUCAACACUUCUCCGAUAUCAGAAGCGGGAUCGGUGCCGGCACAAAAUAAGGAUCUACCGAGACCAGCAGACGACGGAUGGCGCGCACUAUUCGAGGCGCAGCAAACCAGCAUGCGGCUGCUCGUGGAGGCGCUCACCAACCCACCAAAAAAGGAAGAGACGACCACCACGCUGCCUAAAUUUGAACCGGAAACCGCAGACAGCGACGCACGAGCCUGGCUAGCAACGGCGGACAUCUGCUUAUCGGACUGCGAUAUACAGGGAAGUCAAUUAGUUCUUAUGCUUAGUAGAGCCAUGAGAGGUUCAGCCGCGACAUGGUUUUCCCAAAUAGCUUUUCCUCAUAUGAAAUGGACUGAAUUUAAGGAAAUUUUUCUUUCCCGCUUUGACACGCUUGAAACGUGUGCAGCGACGAUACUAAACACUCUUAAUAGUAAACCGCAAGAAAAUGAAAGCCUCGCUGCAUAUGCGAGUCGUCUGUUUACGCUGCUUAUGUCACGUUGGGAUAGUUUAGGAAAAGAGGAGAUAGUGGUAUCGCUAAUACUUGCACAUAUGGGGCAAAUUGAGCCGCGAUUACAACGUCACAUAUUUUCGGAAGAAAUAACUACCCGCAUUAAAAUGCAACGAGAGCUGAUGGCCUUUUCUUACCGCAAAAGGAAUUACCAAGAGGCUGCGAAAACUAUAACGAGCGCCGUGCAUGAUAACAAACGUCCUAGGUUAAGUUCCAUAUCGACCAAAUGUUACUCUUGCGGAAAGUUUGAACAUAAAUCCUUUGAAUGUUUCAGUCGACCGCAAGACAAGCAACAAAAUACUCCGUUCUUCGAGCGCCCCAACACGGCCGUUCCUACGCGGACCUCUGUCACUUGUUUCAAGUGUGGUGUUGAGGGUCACGUGGCAUCACGGUGCUCGAAGGCAUUGCCAGUUGCAGGCAGCAGCUCCCAGCCUGCAGCAGCACCCUGUGUUGUUAAGAGAGUGGACAUGUGCGAUGUGAAACCUGUCACCGGAAUAAUCACUCAAUUUGAUAACGAUGUUGCGCGGCCUUCAACAUCACACGAGGGCGUGUGAUAUGUCAGGACGGCCGUGUCGGAGGAAGUCGUUGAAGGAGUUGCUUGUUGAUUGUAUUAUAACGCUUAACGUUCUCUUUAUCAUGUAAACACCUUUUGUAAAUCUUAAGUUAAUUUAAUUACGAACUUCUAUUUUGUUAUAAUGCCUAAAGCAUAUUUUUUGAUAACAAAUUUGUGAUUAUAGUCAAAAUAGGAAGUUGUUAAGUAGCCAUUGUCUAAUGAAUUACUGUUUACGAAUUGUAUGCAAUAUUUAAUGUUUAUUGAAAUUGUAAAAGCUCCUAAUAACUUUUAAUUCGAUUUUACUUUACUAGUUACGUUUUUCUUGGACUAAAUAACAUUGUAAUCUCAAAUUAAGUAAAGACCAAUCAGAGCAGAGCACUUGGCUUGAGUGAGGUCUAGGCGCCAUCUUUAUAAGGCAGUUCGAUAGUGUUUAUGGGACCCUUUUUGAAAUAGAAACGGAUCGAGU